CCAAAGCGAGCGCACCCCGCGCGGCCAACCUGAACUGUCAGCUGUAAGCAGGAGUCCUCUGCCGAGUACCAACCAGCUCGACAGAGACACCCGGAAGGCACGAAAGUCAAUUUGAGAGGGCAGCAUGAAUCGCUUUAAGACCUCCAAAUUCAAAAACACCACUCCGAAAAUUGCCAAGAAAGAUGGAUGGAUCAACAACGUCCGAGCUGGCUCCUUCUCCUGCCAGGGGAACCACAUCAAAGCGAGCUCCAAGCUGGUGGCCUUCAACAGCGAGCAGGCUGGUGGAGGUAUGCUGGGCGUGUCCUCAGUCAAACCUGGUUCAGAUGGCCAGUGGACAGUCACGCAGAUCUCCUGCCAUUCAGAUCUGGUGACUGAUAUGGACUUCUCUCCUUUUGAUGAAAGUCUCCUGGCAACAUGCUCCGGAGAUGAAAUGGUGAAGCUGUGGCGUCUGUGUGAUCCAGAGCUGGAGCAGCCCAGCAGUCCGGAGCUGACCCUGCGUCCCGGUCAGGGCAGGCUGGAGCUGGUGCUCUUCCACCCCACCUCCUCUGGCCUGCUGGCUGUCGGUGCCACCAAGUCCCCUCUGAUUUGGGACACCAGCCGCCAGGAUUCACCACUCGCAGCUCUGGAGCAGCAUGGUGACCAGCUGCAGAGUCUGAGCUGGAAACGGGACGGCUCCCUGCUGGCUUCCUCCUGCAAGGACAAGAUGUUGCGAGUGUUUGACCCCAGAGCCCAGCUGACUCCUGUUCAGAGUGCCAAGAGCCUUCCCAACAACAAGGAUUCACGCAUCCUGUGGGCCAAAGACGACUUUUUACUCACCACUGGCUUUGAUAUGAUGCGUAAUCGGGAGGUGAGGCUUUGGGACAGCAGGAAGCUGAGCUCUUCGGUCAGCUCGGCAUCACUCGGCACUUCCAGCGGGAUGAUGAUCCCUCUGUUUGAUGAUGACACUGGUCUGCUCGCACUGGCCGGCAUGGGAGACACCGUGAUCGAUUGCUUCGAAGUGUCCAACUCUGAGCCGUUCCUCACGCAAGUGAGCCACUGUCUGACGGACUUCUCAACACGAGGAGUCGCCAUGGUACCCAAGCAUGUGUUGGAUGUCAUGUCCUGCGAAGUGAUGCGCGUGCUUCAGCUGACAGACAGCUGCAUUGUGCCGAUCAGCUAUCAAGUCCCUCGCAAGCAAUCAGGCAGCGAGUUCCAUGAUGAUCUUUACCCAGAUACAGUGGGCACAACUCCAGCCAUGUCUGCUGAGGAGUGGUGGAACGGAGGGAACAAGCAGGUGGAGAAAGUCAGCCUCCACCCAGACAAACAGCCCAAACCAAAGGCUCCAGCUGCAAAGCAGACACCUGCUAAGAAGGAGCUGACCAGUGGGGGGAGCAAGGAGGAUCCAGCACGUGGCUGCUCCACCUCCAGUAGUCCUCUGACCACUCCCAGCAGCAGCGCUGCCCCGUCCCGCUCUCCCUCCUCCACCUCUGGCCUCUCCUCGGGCUUCCUCCCAAGCCCCAGUCCCAGCCAGAGCGCCAAGGCCAUCCAGAACAUGCUGGGGCCGACCUCCAAGUUCCGUCACAUCCAGGGCGCAGUGAUGCACCGGGACACACACAUCACCAACCUGAAGGGCCUCAACCUGACUACGCCAGGUGAGAGCGACGGCUUCUGUGUCAACCGCGAACGAGUGGCAGUGCCUCUGUCCAUCUCUGGGGGCCAGAUCGCCGUCUUUGAGCGCUCUCAGCCUGGCAGGCUUCCAGACACAGCCCUGCCCACCAUCCAAAACUCUGUCAAUGUGGUCGACUUCUCUUGGGACCCCUUUGACACACACCGGCUUGCUGUGGCUGGUGAUGAUGCAAAGAUCCGGGUGUGGCAGGUGCCAAAGGGAGGGCUGACAGAGACCCUGACUGAGCCUGAGUUCAUCUUGCAAGGCCACACGGAGAAGAUUUACUCGAUCAAGUUCCACCCUCUGGCCAGCGGACUCCUGGUGUCUUCAUCCUACGAUCUCACAGUCAGACUAUGGAACCUGGAGAGCGAAGAACAGGUCAAAAUCCUUACCGGACAUCAGGAACAGAUCUUUGGCAUGGCCUGGAGCCCAGAUGGUAAGCUCUUGGCCACAGUGUGCAAAGACGGGAAAGUUCGCAUCUAUGAUCCCCGCAAGUCCACUGUACCUGUGCAGGAGGGUCCAGGUCCUGAGGGCCACAGGGGAGCUCGUGUGGUGUGGGUGUGUGAGGGCAAGUACCUGCUGGUGUCAGGAUUUGACAGUCGCAGUGAGAGAGGACUCUACCUGUACUCUGCUGACUCCCUGUCCUCUGGAACCGUAGCCACCGCCUCUAUAGACAUCUCCCCCUCUACUCUCAUUCCUUUCUACGACCCUGACACCAGUGUGGUCAUCCUCUCUGCAAAAGGUGAUACCAGAGCCCAUGUUUAUGAGGUUUGCCCUGAAGAUCCGUAUUUUGUUGAGUGCAGCAGCUUUAACACCUCUGAGCCUCAUAAGGGCUUCGCCUUUCUGCCCAAGACAGAGUGCAACGUGCGGGAUGUGGAGAUAGCAGUGGGAGUAAUGCUCACCAAGACAACCAUAGAGCCAGUGGCCUUCAGAGUGCCACGGGUCAAGAAAGAGUUUUUCCAGGACGAUGUGUACACAGACACCGCAGUCUGGUGGGAACCGGCACUGACUGCCUCUGCCUGGCUGUCUGGCUCCAACGGCCAGCACAAAAAGAUCAGCCUGAAACCUAAAGACAUGACGCCAGUGAGCGAGGCCCCCAAAGAGGCUCCAGUCAGGAAAUACCUGCCCUCAUCUGUUUACCUGGAGGAGAAGACUGAUGAACAGAAGAAAGAGGAGCUGCUCAGUGCCAUGGUGGCUAAGUUGGGGAACAUGGACGACCCGCUGCCACAGGAGUCCUUCGAGGGGGUCGACGAGGACGAGUGGGAUGACUAGAGGAGACGCCAUCUUGCCUUCGGUUCAAUUAUGGUGCCAACAGCCGAGAGGAGAGAACAGAUCAACUGUCAAGUCAUGUUGCCAUUUGCGCGUGCGAUGGUGCCACCCACACGUCCUCUGAGCUCAAUCAGCUAACAUCUCAGCGCACAAACAACACUGUACAAUGUGAAAGUAUAAAUGACAUGCGAAAAAAAAAUCACCAUAACUAUAACACCCUCUGAGAUUAGUAUGUAUCACAAUAACUGUUAAGGUUUGGAAAAUCAAAUGUCAUGUUGUCUAGUUUGGUGUUCGUCGUAUUCGACUGCAUGAAAUUUGAUAUGAAAAUCAUUUUCAGCUGUAAUCCUUAAAUAUUACAGAGGUCAUUCUGGGAUAAAUCUGACAUUGUAAUUGCUUUGUUUGUCACAAAAUUGUCUCACUAUACAUGAUGUUAUAAAAGAAAUCCCACAGCACAAGAUGACACAACAGUAAAUGUCAGAAAAUAGUCCAUUGGAAUCUUAUAUCAGGACACCUCAAGCAUGUUUCCUGUAAACCACAGAUCUAAGUCAGUGCAAGGUGAAUUAAACAGCAGGUGAUCAUGGCAAUAAUACCUCUGCGUCAUGCUACAGUACCAGAUGUAAAAGAUGGAUUUUAUAGAUUAGUAUUUCGCAUAGCUUCUCUUUUUGGUAGUGGUAUAUGGCUGUGGUUUAAAGGUUCAGUUUGUAGGAUUUAGGGGGCUAUAUUGGCAGAAAUUCUUUUUUUCUUUAGUGUAUAAUCACCUGAAAAUAAGAAUCGUCGUGUUUUUGUUACCUUAGAAUGAGACGUUUAUAUCUACACUGGGAGCGGGACCUCGUCUACUGAGAUCGCCAUGUUGCACCACCAUUUUUGUACAGUAGUCCAGAGUGGACAAACGAAACACUGGCUCUAGAUAGGGUCAUUUGUGUUUUGGCAUCGGCCACCACAGUUAACAGCCACUCAGCCAUGAGCCAAACAUUGCUGGAAAAACACUGAUUUUUAACGUGAAACUGCUUUAUUCAGUGUUUUUACCCUUUCAAAUCACCGGGUCUGUUUGUCUGGGAGAGGAAGAAACCUCUGCGGAUUAUUCGGCUACUGAUAAAACCCUCCUGAAUGUCUGAAUCUCUAGUUAUCAGAGAUAAAAGGUGAACAAAUACAAACAGGUGCUGGGCUAGCAGUCUGUCUCUGACAUGCCAUACAGCGUUGGAGAAACACUGAUUUGUAACAUGAAACUGCUUUAUAUUCAGUGUUUUUACCAGUUUGAAUCACCUGGGGUCUCAUUUAUAAACAUUGCGUGCGCACAAAACGAGGCCUGAAAAAGGCGUUCGCCAAUUCCCACGCAAAAAUUGGGAUGUAUAAAAACAAACUGGAGACAGGACAUUGGCAACCCAGAUAAUGAGGUGGAAGCCUGAUUUCUGGAGCCCUGGAAAUUGUCGAAUAUUUUUUGCCGCAUGCCAUUUUUGGCUUUUGUCCGCACGUACAUUUUAAGUAUGGAUGCUACACUUUGUUUUAUAAAUGAGACCUCAGGUUCAUUUGUUGUGGAGAGGAAGAGUCCUCUGUGGAUUAUUUGGCUCUGUUAAAAACCUCCUGAGCACAGAACGCUGAAGGGAUUCUAAUCGACAUAAAUUUUAUCUAGUUGCAAUGUGCAGUCUUCACCACUAGAUGCCGCCAAACCCCCCCUUAAAUCUCACACACUGUACCUUUAAGCAUGAUAAUAUACUCUGAGGUGUCCUGAUAUAAAGCGCAAUGGCCUCCUCUUGUGCCCAGUCUGUUGUUUCCUGAUAUCAACACACCAGGUUGUGUAUCGUUGCAUACAAAGUUGUUAUCUGUGUGUGCACAAUUACCUCCGCUGUGGACCACUGCUUGCUUUUCCUACCGGCCAGUCACAUGAGCACACUCAGUCACAAUGUGUCUUCUGAAAGAUGUAAUGUUGUUGAUCAUGCAUCUGAUUUAAAACAAAAAAACAACAGUCUUCCUGUUUGAUCAGGUGAAACACACACACACACACACACACACACACAUACACAUACACAAUUACUGUAACAUGCUCAAGCCUUCAGCAGCAAAAACCACACUGAGGAUACAACAGGGUCACCAGUGUUCAUGUUUGGUCAUGAACUGGAAUUUCUUAUGACGACGACAAUGAGUUCACCUUUCCGUUGCCAAUGAUAGAGUGAAAUGCCAUUUAAAAAAUAAUGUGUAAUGUGUGUAUUUGUACAAGUUCUGAUUGAAUGUUUUGCUGUCUGGUAGUCUUAUAAUAGUCAUAUAAGUAGGGGUUAAAGGUCAGUCAAACUGGGACGUUGUUAUGCAUUGAAAGCCAAACCACCUCCUUACUGGAGUUUUUAGUAGGGGCCUUUGUAUACUCUGAGAUUUCCUUUCUUUCUUUUCUUGUUUGCUGGGCAACUUUUAAUCAUGAUUGUUUUUGUUUUUCAGACUGUUCGGGGAUAUUCCUCACUUAAAUGAGCUAAUUUUCUUAUCUAAUGUUUACUAGUAUUAAGUAAUCAUGGUGGUAGUUAGACAACGACAGGACAGUAUUAAUAAAUUACAAUGCAGCCAUAAACAGGUAUCGUGUAAUUUCCAAUCAGGGCUACAGCAAUAUCGUCACUAAUCCAGGCUUGAACCCAGCGUUUGUUAACAACCUCUGAUGGACUGAAGCAAAGCGUCGAUUCAGCCAUGCAUGGUCGUGCACAUCACGUUGUACAGGUGAACUGCAGGUGUCGUAGGUGUUUGUGUGUGAUGUACACUGUAUGUGCUUGUGAUUUCUUCAACGCCAUACUUUGUGACAUUGGGAUUGGAUUACUUGCCUUCCAUUGUGUUUAAAUAAAAUAAAGAAACUUCCUUUUUAUACAGUGAGUAAAGCAUUGUUGUUUUUUCAUCUGUUGUACUUGAGGAAUGGUUUGUGGAUUUUUUUCAAUAUUGUCUUGCAAUAAACACAUUUUUGAACCCAA